AGUCCGCCGAGAGCUUAAACGGAUCGGUCUAUAGAGUCCCGCUUUGGGAUCGCCCCAAACGCAACCCGUGAAAGUUUAUGGAUACCAGUUUCAGUGGCUUUGUGUACAAUCUAUAUAUGUGAAAUUCAGCGCAAAAUCCCACCCUAAUAUAAAUUCCUCGGACAUCUGGCAGCCUGCCGUUUAGGCAGUUGAUUGCGCAAUGGUUUAUCACCAUCACAACCACGAAAGUCGGAUAAUACACUGCGGAAAACAAUUAAUUUCCUGGCGGAGGAGGAGCCUGCUGUUAACCAUCUUUGUGGUCACGGCAACGGUGGCUUCGCUUAUUUCACAAGAAGUCGAGGCCCACGAUCAAAAUGCACCUCCGAUUCUAUAUGUUCGCGAGCGCAACUGGAGAAUCUCGGAGACCGAGCAAGUCGGUCAGAUAAUAGACAGAGUGCGGGCGGAGGAUCCGGAUGGCGAUGAUCUGAUAUUCGGAAUAGAACCCCGGUUCAGUCUGCCACCUGGAGGUGGAAAUGGAGCUAGUCCGCCCGAGAAAAUCCCCUUUAAAAUCGAUCGGGAAACGGGAGUGGUCACCCUCAAUGAAAGCUUGGUGGGAAGGGCCGGUCAGAACUUCCUCAUCUAUAUAACAGUGACCGAUGGACUCUAUACUGCCAAAAACGAGGUCUUCAUCAAUAUCUUGGGCGCGCGGGAGAACAGCUCUGGUUAUCGACCGCAGACUUCAAUUUCGAACGUGGUGCACAAUAUUUCGCAGUUCCUGCCGAGCUUCGACCAGCUGCCCGGUGUUCAAUCCAUCCGUAACGGACUGCCAAAUAGUCGGCCGGGCGGGGGAUUCCCACCGGUGCCGCCGAACAAUAUAUUUGGGCCACCGCCGUUCGGUAAUUUCUACCCCCCGGUACCGCCGCCAAAUAUUCCUGGCCAAAAAGCGGAGGCGAGUGGCGAGCAGCCGGAUGGCGAUGAUGAGGUGACAGCCACCGCAACGAGCUCCACCACGCCGAAAAGUCGCACCAAACUGACGCCGAUAGCUGGCAAUAAUUCGACGAGGGUCGAACAUGCCCCAGCGGAAACAACGACACCGAGUGGCAGCCACAACAACAGCAACAAAAACAACAACGAUGAAACCAUCACAGUUUUCUCACUCAAGAGCGGAACAAUUCCGAUUGUGGUCACCGUUGGCGGCUUCUUCGCGGCGAUUGCCGUGCUCCUGGCCUACUUGUGCCGCAGGAGGCUGUGUGCCAUCAGCAGGACCCUCAAGAAGUCCAAGGAGAAGGAGGAGCUGGCCAAGAAGUCCAACCAGAGCCAGCUGAGCAGCACUCUCACCGACGACAGCCGCAACUCGAUGGUCAUGCAGCAGUGGCAGGGACCCGUCGCCUUCGCCAAUCGCUAUGUUCCCUGGGAACGGGACCAGCAGAUGGCCAUUGCAACUUCCCAGUUAUCAACAGGUGUCACAAGUGGCGGCGAAGUGCCCGCAGGAGCCGUGAGUCCUGGGACAGGUGAGCCGGGAUCGAACUUGGGUCCUGGCGGCCUGGCAGGUGGAGCAGGAAGUUCCGGCCCGGCAGAAAAUGGUUUUCCUAAGGAGGCCAACUGCGACCGCUGGGAAUUCCCCAGGUACCGAUUGAAGUUCUUCAACAUUUUGGGCGAAGGAGCCUUCGGACAAGUUUGGCGAUGCGAGGCCACCAACAUAAAUGGCACUGAAGGAAUUACAACUGUGGCUGUGAAGACCCUCAAGGAAAGCGCCACCGAAGUGGAUCGAAAGGACCUGUUAUCCGAACUGGAGGUAAUGAAGACCCUGGAGCCACACAUCAAUGUUGUUCAACUGUUGGGCUGCUGCACCGAUAAAGAUCCCACUUUUGUGAUUCUCGAAUACGUAAAUCGAGGAAAACUGCAAACGUAUUUACGCAGCUCCCGCGCUGAAAGACACUAUGGAAAUACCCAUGGAAAGUCAAAUGUUCUGACAUCCUGCGAUUUAACUUCCUUCAUGUAUCAAGUUGCCAAGGGAAUGGACUACCUAACAGCAAAAGGGAUUAUUCAUCGGGACUUGGCUGCUCGAAACAUUCUUAUAACCGAUGAUCACACAUGCAAAGUAGCGGACUUUGGCUUCGCAAGAGAUGUUAUUACAUCAAAGAUUUAUGAAAGGAAAAGCGAGGGCAAGCUGCCAAUAAGGUGGAUGGCAACAGAGUCACUGUACGACAAUAUAUUCUCCGUUAAGUCGGAUAUCUGGAGCUUUGGCAUUCUGAUGUGGGAAAUAGUAACUCUGGGAUCAACGCCAUAUCCUGGAAUAUCUGCCGCAGAUGUUAUGCGGAAGGUGAGGGAUGGUUAUCGCUUGGAGAAGCCCGAGCACUGUCGUCGGGAGCUGUACAACAUAAUGUAUUACUGCUGGUCACACGAUCCCCAGGAGCGUCCUCUUUUCGCAGAAAUAAUCCAGAUGCUCGACAAACUGCUGCACACGGAAAUGGAUUACAUCGAACUGGAACGGUUUCCCGAUCACAACUAUUACAAUAUCGUUAGUCUUAGUGGUGAGAAGUUGUAGGGACUCCCUUUUUGCACUGAACCUGAACCCCAAGAGCUUUAUUACCUCCAGAAGACAAAGGAAUAUCCAAUUCCAGUCUUGGCUCAGUAAGAUAGUAUUCUUACUUGAAUUUACAUAGUUGCGAACUGUUCACAGGAUACAUUCCCAUAUAAAGAAAGGGUUAUACUGCCAUUGUAAUAGUUUAUCUUACAGAAACAAAUUGGCUCUAAAAACACUCCGCUUUUAUAAAAGGAAAGAAUUCAAUAGCAAUUGUAACUCCUCUUAAAUUGUAAGAUAAUUGAGCCUGCAUGUAUGUUUGUGUUCACGUUUUAUUUAUUUGAUUUGUAUUAUGUAUUUUAAUUUAUCAACCGUGUAUAGAGUUAUAAAUAU